AUGUGUCUGCCGCCCCUGAGGUUGUUUAGGUCUGACUUGCCCGAACGAGUGCCCUGGGGGCAACUCGUUGCAGGCACAGGAAGCAUAUUCACGACCUUUCAGCCUAGAAACCCACAAGCCAGGCAACAUAGUAGCAUUGUUCCGAUUCAGUUUGCGAUUUCCCUUGCUCCUUUCUUGGCAACCUCCUUUUCGCACGAGUGCAAUGUGCGCACAGAUCUUCCCAUUUCCCAAGAAGCAGUUCUCGUUCAACCUCACCCACAUACUGUUAUUCGCCAUCUUGAUCUCGCUUCUGAGCAUGAGGCACCACCCUGCUCAGGAGACCUGCUGCAAAAGAAGACAGAGAAGGAGAUGGACAAGAAGAAGGCCAGCAAGGAGGAGUGA